GUACGCUUCGGGAAGGUCAGCUCAGCAGCAGGCCGUUAGCUGAGGCGGCGCAGUCGUAGAAAAGGGGGCGGCACUUCAGAAUUGUAACAUUAAACUGUGGGUUGUGCGUGGAGGAGCUGCAGGAGGUCCUGAAAAAGUGACAUGAGCGUUGAAAGUGAAAGAGACGGGAAGAUAAGUGGAAAAUGUUUGAAAACUUUAGAGAGCGGCUACUGACCGUCCAGCAGGACUUGACCACGGGGAUUAAGACACUAAGCGACAAAUCGAAAGAAGUGAAGAUCAAGAAAAAGCAAAGGGGAGCAGACUGUAUGCCUAAGUUUUCUACAGGGGCAGAAUUAUUAGAAAGAUAUGAAAAUUCCUGGGUAUUUCUUCAUAAACGAGCCAAGGAGAAUGCAGAAGCUGCUGAGGCUGUUGAUCGACAAGUCGUGAUGCUUUCAGCUCACUGGGAAAAAAGGAGAGCUGCUUUUACUGACUUGCAGGAACAGCUACUUCAGAUCCCAUCCUUCUUGACGGAUUUGGAAUCCAUAACGGCUAAAAUAGCCAAUUUGGAGGCAGAUUUUGAAGAAAUGGAUAACAGAUUAAUCUAUCUUGAUGACCUGUGCGGUCGAUGUGAAUUACAGAGCUACAAGCAAUACCAGAUUCUUCAGUUAGAAAAUUACAAGAAAACUAAAAGAAAAGAACUUGAAUCACUCAAAGCUGAACUGGACGCUGAGUACGCCCAGAAGGUGCUGGACAUGGAGCACGCGCAACAAGUGAAGCUGAAGGAAAGACAGAAGUUUUUUGAAGAAGCUUUCCAGCAGGACAUGGAGCAGUACUUGUCAUCUGGGUACCUGCAGAUAGCAGAAAGACGAGAGCCCAUAGGCAGCAUGUCCUCCAUGGAAGUCAACGUGGACAUGUUGGAGCAAAUGGACUUGAUGGACGUAUCUGACCAGGAAGCGCUUGAUGUCUUUCUAAACUCUGGUGGAGAAGAUAACAGUGUGGCCUCACCAAUGCUCGGGCCAGACGGCGUGUCGCACCCCAGCGAGAUUACCCUGCAGGUGCCCAGUCAGGCCGAGCUGCGACACAAACUCUCCUCGUUAUCGUCGACGUGCACCGACUCGGCCAGCCAGGACGCCAGCGAGGAGGGCAGCGACUCGCCGGUGGUUCAGUCGGACGAAGAGGAAGUGCAGGUGGACGCCUUGCUAGCCAUGCCGGAGAGCACCUUCCUCAAGGAGAACUCGGACGACAGCGACUCGCAGGCCGCGUAACGGCUCUUCAUUUGUCACAUUCUAUUUACGAGGAGCUUUAUUUAAAAGAUUAAAAAUAAUAAUAAUAAUAAUGACGACGAUGAUGAUGAUAAUCUGAAGAAGAAUGCAUUUCUCCAGUGAUCUUCCAGUAGGAGGCGCUUAACCCAGUUGUUCCUCGUCUAAUUUCACGCCAUCUUUGAUCAUCCACCAUUGGACCUUCAUGCUGACACAAGUGGGCUUCAGGCCAACCACAUGGGACCACCGCAGCAGUGGAGUGGAGUGGAGUGCGUUUGUCUUCUCCCAUCUCCUGUGAUGAUUUUUUUCCCCCAGAGGACACUGUCAGCCAUUUUAGCAGAUUCAAUGACCGGCUUUAAAAAAAAAAAAAAAAAAAAGUCAGUGGCGAUGGGGGGGGCCGCUUCAGUUGUACGGUAAGUAAAGCCCCACGUGAGUCUGGAGUGGGGGGCUUCAAAGACAAUCAGAAGGCGGACGACUCGAGUUCAACAUUGUCAGUCCAGGACGGCCCGUAAGAGGAGCGCUUCAUUUCUUUAUGGAUUUCAAAAUAUUAAUAAGCACCCCCGCCCCCCAUCCCAAAUUAAAUAUAAGAUGACACCCCCGUGUAAGAUUAUCGACCUGCAAACGGCUGCGUUGUGCUUACAGCAGAGUGCUGGGCUGUGAAAAAGUAUUUGCCCCCAUCCUGAUGUCCUCGGACCUCCAGCCAACGUGCAGCAUUUGAGAAAGGGAACGCGACGGCCGCCACCUCACGGCCUUCCCCUGCAUCACUGAUGUGAAAAAGUAACUGCCCCCCUGCUAAACGCUUCCUCCAGUUUAAUCUCGGCCUUCACUGUUCUCUGCGCCUGCUCUUCUUCAUUUUAACUCGCACACAGGGGUCCGGUUGAGAGCAGCAGCAGCUCAUCGCUGUUGGUUUCAAAUGAGGACUUUGGACCUUCUGAGCCGCUUGUGUGGUCCUCCCACGUUAUGGACAGACAAGCAGAUCUGCUGCCCAACUCCUCGUCCUUCGUGUAAGUGCCAGUCUUCCAAAGCACCACAUUACCCCCUCGGUGUUCCUCUGGGAUGGCAGAAGUUUCCUCCCUGAUCUCGUCUGUGGUGAGAACUUAAGGUAGCAGAGGCUGUGGAGAUCGCUGUGGUCUUCUUGAGUGGGCCGUCACGGUGCCCUUGGGGUCCUUAUCCUUAUCAGUCAAUUCAUAGCUCGAUCAGUAGGUAGGCUGUGGUCCUCACUGUGGUGUCCCCAAGUCUUGGAGUGCUGAUAGCUUUGUCACCCUGUUCUUCACUAACUGGGACAUUUCAACAAACCUUAAAACUUUUAAGUUAGCGUUUAUUAGGGGAAUGGAACCAAAACGGUGAAGCAGGCUGACAUGUUAGACAGGCGGCGGUAGUCGGACAAUCAGGUGGGUGACGCCACUCGGAGUUUUGUCAUUUCAGAUGGCCACCGUCCUCAGUUUACAUGAUGACACACAGGUGGGCUCAGUCUACACCGAGACCACCUGCUACACGAUGACCCGAAGUCCGCAGUCACCAUGUUCUAUAGAUGAGGUGCCAAUUUAGAAAUGACGAUGACGAGGUGCGUUUAUGCCGCUUCUCUUUAUCUAAUGUUACUGCUCUAGAAGUCCGCCGUCAUUUAUUGUGACAACACAGAGGACAUCAUGUGGGGGACAGCCCUGUGUGGUACAAAAUGAAAUGAUAAAUUAGCGGGAGCCCCCCGGCUUGCCUGCCAUUAUAGAGCCAGAAUUAACAAAUAAAAGAGUUUGUUUUUA